UGUAUACAUACAAGGUGUAAUGCUCCAUGUACAUGUAUCUGGUUCACCACAACAGCUCUGACACAUAGUUGUACUUCUUUAAGGCAAUUGCGUACUUUUUGAGAAGAUAUUGGACGGUCAUGGACACUAUUUGUUUGUCUUGCCGUUGACGUAGCUGAUUUCAAUCUGUUGAUCUCUGGUUGUGACACGUGACUUGGGCCAUCGAUGAUAUCCCGAUCACUUUUUGUUUGAUUGAUUUUUUGCCCAAAUCUUUCGAAUUGUUGCAAGUUGUCCAUGAAAGUGAUGUGCCACCUAUAAUGGAAAAAAUAACCUCUGAUGCAAGUUGCCAAAGAAAUUAUAGAGAAAUUUUGAGGACGAGAUAAAUAGUGAAACAAAGUGAAUACAACCUGCCGUAAGGACAAUCCAGACGCCAACAUUCCCACGCCUCUCGCUCUUUCCUCAAUAGUCAUUCUGCCCAUUUCAUGUGGUUUUACAUUGAGACGAUUAUCAAGGAAUUAUACUAGUUUUAAAACGUAGCCGAUUAUAUGAAGCACGCGCUGCAAAUAACCGAUUUCUUGUUUUGAGGUUUUGUUACGGGUUAUUGAUUUCUAUCGAUGAUUUUUUAUUUUUUUCCCCCUGUACUGUGUUAGAGAGACACAUCGAGUACAAAACUGUCAACAAGUGGUAUUAUUAUGUUCUGUCAUUUUCAAAUUAUUUCUUUUAUCAGGAUGAACACUUAGAAGUGUUAAAUGUAUAUAUAGUCUAUUAUUGUAUUUAUUCAUUAUCAAGAUUGUGAUAUAUAUUUGUAUGAAUUAUUUGUGCAUGCGUGAAUAUUGUUUUUGAUUGCUUGUUUAAUAUGGUCUCUAUGUUGUGUUUACACCAAAUGAGAAAAAUAAAACUUGUCUCGUCAAACUUGUUAAGUGUACAUGCCCAUUUCUUUAGAGAGUUUGAAUAGUUUUUUUUAUCAACCGAUCAAUGGAUUUGUACAGAGUUUUUAAAAAUCCCUGUAUGUGAAACUCAAAAGGAAUAUUAUGUCAUUUACAUUGCAGACGACAUGGUGUGUAUGUAUUCAAGGUGCACUCAAGCUCAAUAUAUUUUCUCGUGAAAUCUAAUUUAGCAUGAACGAAAGUGACUUUGAAGAAGGAAGAAUUGAUUUUGAGAUGGAUUCUGAAAUGAAAUGGAGAGGAUAUAGAAAACAAGAAGGGAAAAGAGGAAAUCGAGGGGAGGUUGUGUACAUUCCAAUAUCUAGUGUUUACACGUCAUCUCAAUCAGAUACAGAUCCGGAGAAGGACAGGGAAACUGAAGAACACGAUUUUGAAAACCCAAUGGCACAGACAGCUGUACCUGACAUCGAGAAAAAGAAGAAACUAUGUAUCAACGAGAAGUAUUAUUCAUUGAAUCGUAUGCAAAGAGAAAAGUUUGUUGAGACAAACAAGGCAAUAUCAGUUCUAAACUUGUUGAAGACUGGCAACCUAAUUGCAGUUACUGGUCUUCCUGGAGAAGGUAAAAGUACGACAGUGGCCAGGUGUCUGGAGUGUCUUGGUGAAGCAAUGAAUCUUCCGAUAAAAUACAUUCGUCGACGACAUCAGCUUUUCAACAUCAGCACAGAUUAUAGGGGAUUUGUUGUGGUCGAUGGACCGCUUGAUCGCAUUUCUCACGAUCCACAGUUCAACAUAUUUCUUUCUCAUUUGCGGAAAUACAUUCAUCGAAUAAAACGAUUCCGUUACAGUAAAGUUGUAAUUGUAAUACAGAAAGAAGUAUUAAAGUUUUUGAAUCUGCAUUAUCGAAACCACACCUGGAUAAAUGAAUUUUUGACGUUUGACAUGUCUGUUCCUACUCUGUCCCAGGAGGAAAAAAGGGAACUUUUGCAAGGAAAAAUCGGAAACAGUACCGCAGAAAUAGAAGAGAUUGUUUCAUACGAUCAGAGAGUCUAUGGGUUUCCAGAUUCUUGUCGCAGACUAAGUUUUUGCGAAACUGAAACUAGGGAUGAGUUUUUGAAAAUGUCUAUUGAAUGGAUACCGUGUCAUUAUACCCACUCGCACUAAUUGCUAUGCAAAAUGGAAAGAUAGAAUAUCGACACAUUCAGCAUACAGACGAUAAUCAGCAACGUUCAAACCGCAUACUUCAGCUUCUAACAAGCAGCAAUGAAAGAAUUAUAUAUUCUUAUACGCUGCUCUCUGAUAUUGUGGAGGCAUUGAGUGAAGUUUAUCUAUUUGAUGACAAAUCUAACUUUCAAUACUGCUUUGUCGAUGAAAAUGUAGGUGAGGCAGUCCAUAAAUUGCUCUUUUCCAGGAAUCCUUGGAGGUAUAUCGAAACUUGCCCCCUUUCUAGAUUAGAACAUCUGUCCAAUAAUAAGGACUACCGUAAGUCUAUGGUUGGGCCCAUUUUCGAGUGGUUAUGCGAAAGAAUCAUUCGAGAACUUAAAGACAAUCAUACAGAUGACUUCUUUUCCCUUAUGUGGAGAUUUUCUUUAUGGAAUGAUGAUCGUUUCAUAAACAACAUAAUGCCUGUGCUUCCUAAGAUUCUUAAAGCUUUAAGUGCAUCGGAUUUUUCGAGAUUUUUGGGCCAUUCCGUCACCACAAGAAAUGACUCACUUAUUUCGUUGUUGCUAAUACAUCUGCCUCAAGUAAAGUAUUCCAAGAAAAUGGGACUAAUAUUUACGUCGCGGAACACCUGUGGUAUAUUCGACAAUGGUAUACCAUGCACUUGUGGUGUCUGUCUUCUGAAAAGGAACAAGGAAAACAAAUGUAUUCAGGCAAUGGAUAUAGUAGUCAAUUCGAAAUCAAAAUGCCUCGACAAAUUUGGUCAAUUCUCUGCCCCAGAUGAAAAUUUUGCAGGGUCCAAUGUACCUGUACUCGCAAUGAAUCUCCUGACACUAAACAUCAAACAAAAUGUUUUUGAAACUCGCUGCAAGGAAUUGCUCCCAGAAUUUGAUGAUGAUACUGAUUCCGAGAGAUUGGAUGAAUUUUCGAAAACAUUACGAAUGAAAAAUACCACUUAUCGUCUGCUCUGCUCAUAUUUGCUUUAUGAUAAUUCUGAACAGUUUCACAACACUUAUGUUGAAUUGUGUGAAGAAACGAAGUGUGACUGGUAUAUCAGGGUAGCAUUUCAAUUUGCCGAUAAAAAAUGGAUUCAUUCUCUUUGUGUACAACUUCCAUAUUUACCUCAAAAUAUCUCUUCAAUGCUUAUAAAAUCAGAAAUUGAAAGAAGAUGCAAGCUAAAGUUAUCUGAGCAUUGCAAUGUUGUCUCUGUCGCUGUUGGCCGUCAGGCACAUCAGCCAUUGAGAUGUAUAAGCACUGUUUUAGCUGUCGUUGAAGAGGGAGGAAAUCAGAAUGUCGACAAGGAUGAAUUUUAUGGACUUUCAGUUGUUAUUCGUAAAGUUUAUGAAGUUAAUUCAGAAGCAGAAUCUCUUUUGGAGCAUGAAGAAGAGAACACACACGAAAUGCAUACAAAGCUGAGUGGAGACAGACUUGGAGAACUUUUUGACUUCCAUUCGAACUUAACAUUGGUUAAUUUUUCCAGUGUUAAAUCGGUAGGAUAUGAAUCUAAAGAACGAAAAUUGGAACGAACGGCAUGCGUCGUACUUUAUUGCCAAGUUAAAAACUUUCUUCCGUUCGGGGAAUCUGAAUUUCCCAAAUCAAUUGAUGGAUACCCAGUUGAUGUGCGAGAGGCGAUGUGUACAUUUGCUUCGAAUUCAUCGUGCAUUGGUGACCAUAUUGGUAGUGAUAACAUUACGAAAUCGGGUACUUUAGGAGCAUUUAUUGAUCUACCUGGUAAAACAGGGUUCCUCACCUGUGCACAUGUACUUUAUUCCACGGAGCAUUUAAAACGGCGUGAUUUCAAAACAGUGUCUGAAAAAAUUCAAAUCUAUGUAACAGAUAAAAGGCAAGCGCACCACAAUAGAAAAAUAGGAGAAGUACAAACUGCUACCUUUUCUCACGGUGACCCCAAUAAAACGAGUGUUGAUGCUGCAUUGGUUGAAAUGGUUGAGAGAUGCCAGAUUGAUGCUCAGUUUUCUGAAACAUACACAGAUGAUCAGUUGAGAAAUGCAGGAUUUCCAGAGGCAACAAAACCAUCUUUUACAAAUGGUGAAAUUGAGAAAAUAUCGCGUGCCAAUUUCCGCAAUGACGUAAUAAAAGUCGGUGCAGAAAGUGGUCUUACGAUCGGACGCCUUCGAAAAGGAACGUCGAAUGCCAAACUUCUGAAUAACAUUAAGGUGAAAAUUGAUCCCUCGGCUGAUUUUGCUCCACUUUUCUUCAAUCAGUUUGAAGUUCUUCCUCAAAUGUUACCAUCAGUCGUAUCGGAUACUCAAGAACCCUUUCUAACUAACGGGGACUCUGGUGCAUUUAUCUUUGUAGUGAAAAAUGAUGAUCCUCUGCUCUUUAAGGCUAUAGGGAUGGCCAUCGCUGUCACAUCGUAUGGUUCAUGUAUUAUGACCCCAAUUCAUCCUGUGUUGAACUCCUUUAAUCUUUCUUCGGACUCAUUAUUAAAAUUUGAAUCCAGAGAGCAAAAUGAUUCUCAAAAUAUUACUAUCACAAACUUGCAAAAUGCUCUUGAAAAUAUGCAAUUGAACAUCAUAAGAAGAAUGGGAGAAUUCCAAGACAAAUUGACGAGCGACAUGGCAGCGUCUAACACUACAAUGAAUCGAAGAUUGGAUUCUGUAGACAGCAAAUUAGACGACUUUAAUCAACGAUUGACUCAAACAGAGGAAAAUGUGAAGAAAAUUUCCCAAGCAGAAAAAUAGAAGAGAGUGAAUUACUGCAAUUUGGCACAUUCUUUUCCUUUCCAAUUUUACAAAAGCGAAUAUGCUACCAUGAUUAUUUCGUAUCUUCAUUUCACAACUGAUAAAUUGUAAAGAAUUCACAAAUCUAUAAUUUCAUUAUGGCAUCUCUACAGUUUUCUGGUCUGCUAUCAGAACUUUUCAGACAUGUAAAUAAAACGAAAAAGGUAAAAGUAUUUCUCUCAUAUCUACGUAUAUAAGAUACAGAUAUUCUAUGAAAGAAAGGUAUGUAAGAUAUUUCUAUUUUACAUAUCCCGUGAUGUCAUAAUCAAUACACAACUAGCCUGCAACUUACCUCGAUUGACGAACACUAGCUUCUGAAAAAGUCUUGUACAAAAAAUGACAGAUUGUAAUGUCCUUGAUAAUCUCCAGGUGUAUGUGACGGGACACAAAAAUACAUAUUCCCUGAACAAUUACUGCACACUCAACAACAGUCACAAAUUCCUCACACAAAGGCUGUCGGGUACAUCUAUGUCAUCCGGUGCAUUAUGCCAGUUCACAGAAACCUAGCCCACACGGUUUAUUAGUUCUAGGCCUACCUCCACAUUCACUCUGUCAAUGUCUACUGUCCCUAUAGGCCUAUGUGUCUCAGCUGAAAUAAGUGCUUUCAAUGUCCAUGAGACUCGAGUCCUUGCACGCUUGGAAAACGAAAGUCUAGCCAUAUCCACCAACAAAAACCACUUGGAAUCUCUCUUCACACACUCGUCAUUAAAUAACUGCUCAAUUAAUAUCAAUGCUCCUCUAAAAAAAAACCGUGCAGUUGUGGAUUCAUAUUCUGAUUAGGUCUGUCAAAAUGUUUCGCGCUGAUGGACUGUCGAGUUACGUCACGCAUCACCCUGAUUAUUGAUUUAUUCAAAGAGGAAUAACUCUAAUACAAUUCACUUAUACAUUCGUCGGCCGAUUUUUUGUCGGCAACGUAGUUGCCAAAUUGAAGGUCGUAGAUUUCGAUUCUGGUGUUAUUUUCAAUGUACGGCGAAAAAUUAAUUAAUUGGAAAAUUUUCAAAAUGGCGUCGCUAGGCACAAUGAAAACGGAUUUUUCUAGAAAUAUGAGAGAAAAAUACUCUCUUAUAAGUAGCCAUGAAAUAUUAAGGUGAUUCCACCCUCGGGGUUGCAAAAAAGCUGUAAAACCCUCGGCAAAACCUCGGGUUUCACAGCUUUUUUGCAACCCUCGGGUGGAAUCACCUUAUAUUUCAUGGCUACUCAUAAGUGAGUCUUAUAAUCCUUUCACACUGUAUACAGUAAAUUGAAGUUAGUUUACAGUAAACGGACCGGUCAACAGGGGAUAUUGACUCCUUCAAGAUAUCUGAUCCCACCUCUGGUGUGUCAAGGGCUUCAUGCUUGCUAUUCUUUUAAUUUGGUAUUCUUUAUAGGAUUUAUGAGAUUGAUCACUGUUCGUUGUUUUCACUGUUCUUGUACAGUAAGUUGACGUUUUUGCACAGUAUAUUAACGUCUGUGUAGUAAAUUGACUUCUGUGUAUUAAUUGACCUCUGUGUAUUAAUUGACUUCUGUGUAUUAAUUGACGUCGGUGUAUUAAUUGACUUCUGUGUAUUAAUUGACGUCGGGGUAGUAAAUUGAUGUAUCUACAGUGAAUUAACAUUUGUGUACUGUACAUUGCCGUACUGGAAGCUGAUAGGAUGGCAUUGCAAUAUAGCAGUCUUGAAGCAAAGUUUAUGGUGAUGGCAAAAUACACCAGUAUAUCAUAUCAAAUACCUGUUAGAAAAUUGGAAUUCUUUUACUUAAUGAAGAUAUAUGUAUUUUAAAAAAAUAGUUAAUUUUACCUUUGAUAUGAAAUUUUCAGUAACAUUUCAUGUCAAACAAAUGAUGUAUGUAUGAAAGGUGAAGAUAACGAACGGUGAUCAAUCUCAUAACUCCUAUACGAAAUGGAUAGUUGGGAAAACACGGACCCUGGACGCACCAGAGGUGGGAUCAGGUGCUCAGGAGGAGUAAGCAUCCCCUAUCGACCGGUCACACCCGCCGUGAGCCCUAUAUCUUGAUCGGGUAAACGAAGUAUUAUAUUCCUGUUGUUAAUGAUUAGAUGAAAUAUGAAAGCAUGCAAUUACAAAAGCAUUCGCUACUAUCAAAUUUAAGAAUCAGUUUUGGUUUGAUGCAAGGUGAAGAUAACGAACAGUGAUCAAUCUCAUAACUCCUACAAGCAAUACAAAAUAGAUAGUUGGGCAAACACGGACCCCUGGACACACCAGAGGUGGGAUCAGGUCCCUAGGAGGAGUAGGUAUCCCCUGUUGACCGGUCACACCCGCCGUGAGCCCCAUAUCCUGAUCAGGUAAACGGAGUUAUCCGCAGUCAAAUCAGUGUGCCAAGAACGGCUUAACAAUCGGUAUGAAACACGUCAGACAGCAUUUGACCCAAUGCGAGGUUGUAUUGACGAACUAGAUCGUUAUAACGACCAUAGAAUUUGCGAAAUGCUGACUUCAAUCGAGACUGUUGAAAUCCCUGUACCAUCAACUUGUUUGUCAGUAGCUUACCUCGACUCAAAAACCGACCAUACCCAGAACAAGCUCUUGCAUAUCGAAUCAGUUGAGAUAUAUAAACACCAUAUGCAGGUGAUAAUGGAAUAUUGCUACAUAAAUGUGGGAAGUUGACGAUGGAGAAGCUGAAAUCAUCCCGUUUGUCAUACAGUUGAGUUGUCAGUUUGCCGUUAAUGUCUACUUUCAAUAAAAUAUCUAAGUAUGAAGCAGAAGUGGACGACUCUGUGGUGUCCUUUAUUUCGAGCUCACAGGGAUAUAUCAAAUCGACAUAUGAAUGAAAGCUAUCAUUGUUAAUAGACAAAACGUCGUCGAUAUAUCUAAAAGUCGAAUUGAAGGUCACAGCGAGAGAUUUCUUCUUACCACGUAGAAGUUUUUGAAUAAAUUCUGCUUCAUAUGAAUAUAAAAACAGGUCAGCUAACAAAGGAGCACAAUCCGUGCCCAUGGGAAUUCCAACAGACUGUUGGAAGACCUGAUCACCAAAGACCACGAAGAUAUUGUCAAUGAGGAACUCUAGCAUAUUUUUUAUUUCAACUUCAGAGUACUUGUGCGUGGAAUCAGAGUGGUGUUUAACAAAGUAAGUUUUUGAAUGACUGAUCACUAGAUAUGAAUAUUUCCGUUUUCCGUUUUUGUUGAAGAAGCAACUGUCUAUGAUGUCAAAAAGUCUAGUCUUUAAUUUAUCGUGAGGAAUGGUCGUGUAUAGCGUUGAAAAGUCAUAGGUUUUAAUGCUAUUGAUUUGGGAAAAAUUCUGUGAUUUCAAGUUUACUAAAAGUUCUUUAGAAUUUUUUAGAAUCCACAUUUGAUUAACACCACUUCUGGCAUAUGUAGUCGCACAGUAAGUUUGAAGUUUCUCCUUCACAGCUGUUAACAUUUUCGUGAGGAGCAAAGAUAGGGGCUUGGUAGAGCACUUACUGGAUCCAGCAGUGUAUCUUUGUUUGUAAGGGUUUUUAUGUAGUUUAGGAAUCCAGUAUAGGUCAAUCUUGGAAUGAAUUUGCUAAUUGUUCUGCGCAUGAUGAUAACAUCACUCAAGAACACUUGUCUUCUGUUCUGUGGUAUAAGGAGAACAUAAAGGUAAAUAAUAAAGUAAUAUUUUUGAAGGCAUGGAGUGAAAGUAAUACCAAAUUUCUUAAUUCAUUAUUUAGAAAGAAAUUUUCUACUAACGAUCAUAUAUUUUCAUUAUAUGUUUUACAAUACUUGUUCAAAGGCACUGGGAAAACAUUAUUUUACGCGUUCGUUGAUUUCGAAAAAGCUUUUUGAUUGGGUGUGGCGGAUUAAUCUCUGGAUUAAACUUUUGAUGAGCAAUGUUGAUGGUAAAUGUUUUAGAAUAAUUAACAACAUGUAUAAAUGUAUUAAAGCAAAGAUUAGAUUGAAUAAUAAUUUUUCUAACGAAUUUCCCUGCCAAUUGGGAGUCCGACAAGGGGAAAAUUUGUCACCUUUUUAUUUUCCGUUUACUUGAAUGACCUUGAAAAAGUUUUCUUAACAAUAGGUGCUGUUGGACUUCCGCUUGUGGAAGAGAUACCUGAAAAUGAAAUUCAAAUCUAUGUCAAGUUACUUUGGUUACUCUAUGCUGAUGAUACGAUUAUUUUAUCACAAACUGAAAAAGACUUGCAAUAUAAACUUGAUAUUUUUUAUGACUAUUGUGACAAAUGGCGUCUAAAGGUUAAUGUAGAAAAGACAAAAAUAAUGGUUUUUGGUAAAAGAAAUGUAUCAUGCUACAAUUUCAUAUAUGACUGUAAAACUAUUGAAAUUGUUGAUGAAUUCAAGUAUCUUGGUAUAUUUGUUAAUAAAAAUGGUUCAUUUACCAAUAAUAUAAUAUAUCAAUAUGACAAAGCAACUAGAGCAAUGUUUGAUGUGCUAAAAAAAAUGUAAGCAAAAUAACAUAUCAACCAAAUGCCAACUUGACCUUUUUGACAGAAUUAUACAACCGAUUUUAUUGUAUGGUUGUGAAUUUUGUGGGUUUUUUCAAGUUUUUACACUUCCAUAAUUGAAAAAUUACAUACUCUAUACUGUAAAUAUAUACUUAAAUUAAAUCAAAAUACCCCGAAUUAUUUUAUUUAUGGAGAACUUGGAAGAUAUCCUUUAUUUAUAAAUAUUAAAACAAAAAUAAUCAAAUUUUGUUCAAAAAUUAUUUUAUCAGACAAUAGAAAAAUUACAAAAAUUAUGUAUUCACUUAUAUGUAAAGAUGAUAAUAACCCUUGGAUAAAAUGCAUUUGAAACAUUUUAAAUGAGUGUGGAUUGUGAUAUGUAUGGGAAAAUGAAGGUUUUGUUUUUAAACACAGACUGGUUAAAUGCAAAGGUAUUACAAACACUGAAGGAGCAAAGUAUACAGAAAUGGAAUGAACUUUUAUGUAAUUCGUCAAAAGCAAUUAAUUAUUCCAUCUUUAAAAAUUAACCAAAUUUUGAAUUUUACUUAGAUGAACUUUCUAAAAAUAAAAGAGAAAUACUCUGUAGAUUUAGAGCAUCAAAUUUUAGAUUACCUGUAGAGACAGGACGAUGGUUAAACAUUCCAAGAAAUGAAAGAGUAUGUAUGCACUUUAUGUAAUAAUAAUGAUUUGGCUGAUGAGUUCCAUUAUUAUCUAUAUGUACUGAUGAAACUAUUAAGAAAUCAAGAUUGGAAAACUUAGAUAGAUAUUAUACAAAUAGACCAGAUAGAUAUAAAUUUAAACAGCUUCUUAAUUGUAAAAAUAUUAUUGUACUUAAAAGAUUAUGCAAAUUUUUAAUGGUUAUAAGGGAGAGGGCAUGUCCUCCAUGUUAACUGCAUGCUAUGUACAAUAUUGUAUUAUAUAUUACGAAUUACUUCUCUACAAUACACAUGUUGUAUUUAUUUGAGAAUAAAUAAUUUUGUUGUCGUU